AUGCAUGCCUUGUUUGGGCGCGCUAACCGCCAUCGUCUGGCCAAGAACCUGCGACCGGCUGCGCGGCCGCACCAGCGACGAGAGCCAUCGCAGUUCACCGCGCGUAAUCCGCUGUCGGCCUCCGCCGCUGGUACGCUGCAGCGCGCACUUGCCCGCAAGUGUGCUCCACUUGGGGUAAAAGCAUACGGCGCGUUUGUCGCAGCAGCCCGCCUGGAGUGGCUCGACAAACGCGCCAGGGCACAGAGCCGCCUCCGCGGCGGCUGCCACCCGCAAGACCUCGCCAUGCAAUUAACAUCGCCUGUUGGGUGCGAGCGCGCGCUGCCGACGUCUUCGGUCACUCCUCCAGAACGGCCGCUGAGCAUACAUCGUCCCAGGAAGCCGGACGCUGUUUGCAGCCUUCGCCACGGCGGUGACAUCUUGCAGUCCGGAUCCAGCACUGCGUCAUUUCGUAUUUUGUCCAGCACAGAUGCGGCUACCCCAGCUCCGAUUGUUGGGCCAUCUCAGCGGGUCUGCUGUGGUUAG